CCAUCUCGAACACAGUCUAUCGCAACAAAAACCGCCGUGCAUGGCUUCAGCUAAGCAGAGCAAGAAGCUGCGGAUCCUGCUCUUUCCAUUCUUCGCCACCAGCCACAUCGGCCCCUUCACCAACCUCGCCUUCCACCUCGCCGCGGCCAGGCCGGACGUCGUCGAGGCCACCAUGGCCGUCACCCCGGCGAACGCCUCGGUCGUCCAGUCGGUCCUAGCUCCGCGUGGCCUCAGUCGUUCCAUGGUUGAGGUAGCGACCUACCCGUUCCCUGUCGUGGACGGCCUCCCUCCGGGAGUUGAGAACCUCUCCACGGUCACGGCCGCGGACGCGUGGCGCAUCGAUGCCGCUGCCAUGAAUGAGAUGCUGAUGAGGCCAGGACAAGAGAGUCUCAUCAGGGAGCGCUCGCCAGACGUCCUCAUCACUGACAUACACUUUUUCUGGAACGUCGAUUUCGCUGCUGACCUCGGCGUGCCAUGCAUCACAUUCCACGCCAUAGGGAGCUUCCCAGUACUGGCCAUGUUGCACCUUAUGCUCGCCGGCGUCCACGACGCCACUGACGGGGUGGUAACUGUUCCUGGGUUUCCGAGCCCCGAUAUACGGGUCCCUAUUACCGAGCUGCCGGAGUUUUUGAGGAACCAGCAAAUAAUUGACGGCGCCACAAACGACCGGUUUAAAUCGGCGCCGAACAGAUGCCUCGGACUUGCUGUGAACACUUUCUUUGAUUUGGAGCACGGUUACUGCGAGAUGUACGUGCACGACGGCUAUGUGAAGCGUGCCUACUUCGUCGGGCCUCUCUCGCUGCCGUUACCACAGGCCACGGCCAGCACGGGCAGCUCACAGUGUAUCGAUUGGCUGGACACGAAGCCAGCCCAGUCCGUGGUGUUCUUGUGCUUCGGCAGCUUGGCUCACGUCUCGGAGGCUCAGCUCCGCGAGCUGGCUCUUGGUCUAGAAGCCUCCGGAAAGCCGUUCCUCUGGGUGGUCAGGUCUCGUGCAUGGGCACCGCCGGAGGGGUGGGAGGAGCGUGUUGGGGACAGGGGGAUGGUCGUCGCCGGUUGGGCCCCACAAACGGCAAUACUUGCACAUCCAGCGGUAGGGGUGUUUGUGACGCAUUGCGGGUGGAACUCAAUCCUGGAGACGAUAGUGGCUGGUGUGCCGGUGCUGACAUGGCCAAUGGUGUUCGAGCAGUUCAUCACCGAGAGGUUCGCGACAGAAGUGCUAGAGAUCGGGGAGCGGCUCUCGCCGGAUGGUGCCGGGGUGCGGAGCACGAGGUAUGAAGAGAACGAGCUGAUCCCUGCGGUGGCUGUGGCACGAGCGGUGGCUAGGUUCAUGGAGCCCCAAGGGGCAGGGGACGCGGCGAGGAGCAGGGUAAAGGAGCUCUCUGCAAAGGCUCACGCGGCCAUGGAAGAAGGCGGCUCUUCUCACCGCGAUCUGCACCGCCUGAUCGACGCUCUCAUGGAUGCAAGAGCGGCGGCUGCAGGGACCAUACCUUAG